AUGACUUUCCCGCGUCACAUCCGCAAAGUCUUCGUCGCUCUCGAGCAGGCAGAGGGUGCCGGUGCCCGCGUCCGCCGGUCUAUUGGCACACCGGCGCUCCGCAACUUCUCGCCCUUCCUGAUGCUUGACCACUUCUCGAUCAAGCCCGGCGCAGGCUUCCCCGACCACCCGCACCGCGGCCAGGAGACCAUUACCUACCUGCUGAACGGCGGCGUCGACCACGAGGACUUUGCCGGCAACGCGGGCACCAUCAACUCGGGCGACCUGCAGUUCAUGACCGCCGGCAGGGGCAUCAUGCACGCUGAGAUGCCGCGGCAAAACCCGGACGGAUCGGCCAACGUCGGCCUGCAGCUCUGGGUCGACCUGCCCCAGGACCUCAAGAACUGCGAGCCGCGGUACCGCGACUUGCGGGCCGCCGAGAUCCCCACCGUGGACGUCGACGACAACAAGGUGCACAUCAAGGUCAUCUCGGGCGAGAGCCACGGCAUCAACAGCGUCAAGGACCUGGCGUACACGCCCGUAUGGAUCCUGGACGUGACCGUCCAGCCGGGCGGCAAGGUCGCGCAGCCGCUGCCGGCCAACUGGAACGCCUUUGCCUACAUCCUCGAGGGCAGCGCCACCAUCUCCAACGGCGAGGAGGCGCCCACCAAGGUCGAGCAGUACAGCAACGUGGUGUUUGGCCCCGAGGGCGACGGCGUCACCGUGAGCGUGGACGCGUCGGCCACAGAGCCCGCGCGGCUGGUGCUCGUGGCCGGCACGCCGCUGGACCAGCCCAUUGUGCAGUACGGCCCCUUUGUGGUCAACUCCAAGGAGGAGGUCUACAAGGCGCUGAUGGACUACCAGACGCACACCAACGGCUUUGAGCGGGCCGAGGGCUGGCAGAGCGAGAUUGGCAAGUCCAUGGCGCACUGA